GAGAAAGAGAGACAGAGAGAGAGAGAGAGAGAUCGUCGGUUACAUUGAUAUAUAGCUAGCAAUAUCUCUGAAGAUGGAUGGGUUUGGACCGUCGGAUGAUGAUGAUGAUCAUACUCAGACUAUGGAGGACAAUGAUGAUGAUGAUGAGUCCAUGAGCGAAACGGAGAGUAUGACCUCCAGCCUUGAUGAAAUGACGAGUAGUGACAGUGACAGUGACGAUAGUAUCGCCGGGAUUGAUCGUGAACUCUAUGCUAUGAAUGUUGCAAGUGAGAGGAUGCAGGUUGGAAGACAAUUAGGGUUUGUGCCUCCAGAUGUGAAUUCUAAGAUCAAUAGCAGUGCUUCACAAAGCAAUAGAGAUGCUGGCUCCCCUCCAGUAACUCCUCGGUCGCCGCCGCAUUCGCCGGGCACCAACCACUCAGACUGUGGGUCAAACUCAUAUGUGGGGAGCAACAUUCGACGAGCAAGUGAUCUCUUUAUGGCAGUUUCAGUAUCCGCUGAGGUAAACAAGAUGAAAAUCACUGAGCUUGCUGUUGCAGCCAUGGAAGAGUUGACAAAAAUGGCCCUCAAGGGAGAACCUUUAUGGCGGCUCCAAGAAGAUGGGAAAAGUGAGAUUCUAAAUGAUGUUGAAUACAUAAGGGAAUUCAGACAUGUCGAUUCCACUUUGAUGGAGAUAAUGAAAAUGGUCGAGGUGAGACACUCUCAGUGCCUUCCAAGCUUGGACAGCAAUUCUGAAUUCGAGCUUGAAAGUGAAUACAAGCCCUUGCCUCAUGAAAUUGGACCAGAACCUCUGCAUACUGAAGCUUCUCGUGAAACUGGUUAUGUUAGAAUCAACCCAGUCAGCAUUGUUGAAUUGCUCAUGGAUUUCAAGCACUGGUCAUCGCUGUUUUCCAAUAUCGUUUCGAAAGCGGUAAUGCUUGGAGUUUUAUCAUCAUCAGAAGUGGAAGGGAACUUCGAUGGAACUCUGCAAGUGAUGACAGCGGAAUUUCAUGUCCCUUCUCCACUUGUCCCAGUUCGAGAGAGCUAUUUUGCAAGAUACUGUAAACAGCUAUGCCCCGGGACAUGGGGAGUUGUUGAUGUAUCUUUGGAAAAUUUGUUCCCUUAUCCAUCAAUUAAAUUUCGAAGAAGACCAUCAGGCUGUCUAAUCCAAACAAUGCCUAAUGGAUGGUCCAAGGUUAUAUGGGUUGAGCAUGUGGAAGUGGACAACAGAUGGGUGCACAAUAUCUUUCAGCCGAUAGUCAUAUCUGGUUUUGCAUAUAGUGCAAAGCGUUGGAUUAACACUAUAGUUCGACAAUGUGUACGCUAUGCUACUCUAAUGGCUAGAAGCACAUCGACUUAUGCUGGCGUACUAAUAUCACAAGAUGGGAGAACAAGUCUGCUGAAGCUGUCAGAGAGAAUGGUGAGAACCUUUUGUGUUGAAAUUAGUGCUUCUACAGAAAACAAAUGGAUGAAAUUUCCUAUACGUGGGGCUGAUGAUAUGAGGAUCAUGACUAAAUAUAGCACCACUGAUUAUAUUGGGAAGCCUCCUGGUCCCUCUGUAGCUUUUGCUACCACAGUCUGGCUUCCAGCUGCCUCGCCAAAGCAUGUAUUCAACUUCCUUCGUCAUGAGAAUUUUCGAAACAAGUGGGAUAUCCUUUCAUAUGGACACGCCAUCCGAGAAAAUGCAUACGUUGUUAAUGGCGAGGAUCCAAGAAACCGCAUUUCUAUAAUGGAAGUGGUUGCUUCGCCAGUUAUGUAUCUGCAAGAGAGUUACACCGACUCAACAGGGUCUUACGUGAUAUAUGCACCAAUGGACUCAUAUGCCAUAUCCUUGGUCUUAAAUGGCGGAAACCCAGACAAUAUUGCCAUCUUGCCCUCAGGGUUUGCUAUCCUCCCUGAUAGGCCCACGUGGGGAUCCGGAUCAUCAGGAGAGGAAAGCAGUGGAAGUCUUGUCACUGUUGCUUUCCACAUAGUUGAUGGGGCUUCGUCUGAGGAUUCUAUUCCUCCUGAAUCACUCGACACCAUGCACCACAUCCUCAUGGAAACUGCCAUCUCCAUUAGGACUGCUGUCACACCAAAUUAA